CUCGCCACUGAGUCCCAGCUCUUUCUGAAAGAAGCCCAGGCGGUUAUCCAGUCUUUCCACAGAAAAGUUGAGUAAAUAGGGGGCGCGGGAGAUCAUUCUUGCGAUCGCAUGCCUGCUGAAUUUUUUAGAGCUCAGACUGUGCAAAACACAAGAUGGACACCAGCUGGGAGGGUUACUUCUAGCCACAUAACUACUACUGCCCAGAAUCACAAGGAAAGAACAUACGAUGGCGGCAAACAACAGGAUGGUCAACGAGCAGCAAGUGGAGGACAUCACCAUAGACUUCUUCUACAGGCCGCACACCAUCACCCUGCUCACCUUCACCAUCAUCUGUCUUAUGUACUUCGCCUUCACCAGGGAAGAUACGAGCCCAGAAGACAAUAUAUGGAGAGGAAUCCUGUCCGUCAUCUUCUUCUUCCUGAUUAUCAGCGUCUUAGCCUUCCCCAAUGGACCCUUCACGAGGCCGCACCCUGCAAUAUGGAGGAUGGUGUUCGGCCUCAGCGUCCUCUAUUUCCUCUUCAUGGUAUUUCUGCUCUUCCUAAACUUCGAGCAAGUGAAAGCAGUCAUGUAUUGGCUGGAUCCAAACCUGCGCUAUGCUACAAGAGAAGCUGAUAUAAUGGAAUAUGCAAUCAAUUGCCAUGUGAUCACCUGGGAACGAAUACUUAGUCACUUUGAUGUCUUUGCUUUUGGCCACUUCUGGGGUUGGGCCAUGAAGGCAUUACUGAUCCGCAGCUAUGGCCUUUGCUGGACAAUCAGCAUCACUUGGGAGCUGACAGAGCUGUUCUUUAUGCACCUUCUUCCUAAUUUUGCUGAGUGUUGGUGGGACCAAGUUAUCCUGGACAUCCUCCUAUGUAAUGGAGGUGGCAUCCUUCUUGGUAUGGUGGUCUGUCGCUUUUUGGAGAUGAGAAGCUAUCACUGGGCAAGUUUUAAAGACAUUCACACCACCACGGGGAAAAUAAAGAGGGCCGUGCUGCAAUUUACGCCGGCCAGCUGGAUCUAUGUGCGUUGGUUUGACCCUAAAUCUUCAUUUCAAAGAGUGGCUGGAGUGUAUAUGUUCAUGAUCAUCUGGCAGCUGACGGAGCUCAAUACAUUCUUCUUAAAACAUAUCUUUGUAUUCCAAGCCAGUCACCCGCUGAGCUAUUGCCGGAUUCUCUUCAUUGGCAUCAUUACAGCUCCAACAGUCAGGCAAUACUAUGCAUAUCUUACCGAUACACAAUGCAAAAGAGUUGGUACACAGUGCUGGGUGUUUGGAGCAAUUGCCUUCCUCGAAGCAAUAGUGUGUAUUAAGUUUGGGCAGGACCUGUUCUCCAAGACCCACUUGCUGUAUGUGGUACUGUGGCUGUUGUGUGUGGCGAUUACAACUUUCCUCUGCCUCUAUGGAAUGGUGUGGUAUGCCGAAUAUUGCGGACAACGACAAAAGAGCUUUUCUGAAUGUGAAGACAGCACUUAUAAUACUGAUAUUCCCUGGCAACAUAUGGAGAAGACGGAAAUUCCAGCGAGACACCAUGAAAGUACGACAACGUCCAGGAGAAAGAACCGCAGGGGCAAAGUCACCAAUGGAGUUGGAAAGAAAUAACUGUGAGAAUGGAGGCAAGCCUUAAUGCAGGUGUGCGAGCCGAACCUGGUGCUGCUACUCUGUGUGCGACGGUUCAUCCAUUCACUGAGCGCGAAGAAGGCACCAGGACGGACGCGUUAUCGGAAAGAUGCAGCUCUUGUGGCUCGUGUGAGUCAAGGAUCCUGAGUGACUGUGAAUUUCCAAACCAUUCUUGCCAUUCUGACCCUGGAUCCUACUGUAACGUAUAACCACUAGUCCACCCAGUGACGGGCACCAUGUUGCACGGCUGAGAGCAUCAUUAAGUUUCUGACCUGCAAAGUUUUUGUUUUUUUUGUUUUGUUGUGACGUGCUGCUUCUUUUUGACCGAUCGGUCUGCCUCUUGCUGACUUUGAUCGCUGCUGAUGCUCUGCCCUACAUGGGCAUUUAUUCUACCGUAUAGUGUGAUGUUUCUGUUGGUUUUGCUUUCUUUGUCAUUUUCACAUGCAGUCAGUGUGAUGUCCUGCUUUUUAAAUUUUUUAUUUUUUUUUUCAUUUUUUUUUCAACGGUCAAGGGAGAUGACGCUCUCAUGUCUUGCCGUUAUCGAACUAGGCUGCAGAUCGCACCUGCUUUUGUAACUUCACCUUUUUUCCAUUUUGCUUUUAAUAUUGUGUAAAAAAAAAAAAAUGUAAUGCAGCGCAUGUAAGAGACAACAUUUCAUUUAUCAUAAAGUGAAUCUCCACUUUUUUUUUUUUUAAAGCCUAAAAUGAUGUGCAAAUUCAUUUUUAAAUAUGUUCGUAGCGAUAGGAGCUCAGAUACUGAUACAGAGCUCCAAAUCCCCUGCAGAGAAAAGGAUUUUUUUUUUAAAAUAACUGCAGAGGGCUCCCCCUAGUGGUGGCCGCAGGCAGACAUCUUUUAAAUCUACACAUGUGUCAGCGAUUUGGAACUCCAUAUAAAGAAAAGCUGAAGCUCUGACCCCUUUCAAGGUAUGUUAAAGGGGUUGUCUCGCUUCAGCAAAUGGCAUUUAUCAUGUAGACAAAGUUUAAGGGGGUUGUCCUGGCUUUUGUCCUCGGGAUAGGUAAUUAAUAUCAGAUCGGCAGGGGUCCGGCACCCCCGCCAAUCGGCUGUACGAGGAGGCGGCAUGCGCAGUGUGCACGUGCCGUCUACCUUCUCUCUUGCUGUCCCAUAGACAUCCAGCAGCACACAGGAAGAGAGCAGGGAGACGUCUCGUGCACACCGCACACGUCGUGUCCUCAUACAGUUGAUCGGCGGGGGUGCCGGGUGUCAGACCCUUACCGAUCUGAUAAGCUCGGACAACCUCUUUUAAUACAAGGCUCUUACUAAUGUAUUGUGAUUGUCCAUGUUGCCUCCUUUGCUGGUUUGAUUCAUUUUUCAAUCACAUUAUACACACAGCUCGUAUCCAGGGGUGACGACCACCGUGCAAUCCCAGCAGCGGUGGUCGUGCUUGCACACUAUAGGAAAAGGCGCCGGCCUCUCUGGUGGGACCGUGCAUAAGCCAUUUAUUUUCUAUAGCAGGGAUCCGCAACCUCUGGCACUCCAGCUGUUCUGAAACUACAAUUCCCAGAAGUCUCCUUUCAUUUCUGUGGGAGUUAGAAGAACAGCCGAGUAAGUUCACAUGCUGAGAACUGUAGUUUUACAGGAGUGCCGAAGGUUACUGAUCCCUGUUCUAUACUGUGCAAGCACGGCCACCGCUGAUGGAUUGCAUGGUGGUCGUAACCUCUGGAAACGAGCAGUGUCUAAUGUGAUGGAAAACUGAAUCCAACCAGCAAAGGAGGCAAUAUGGACAAUCACAACACAUUAGUAAUGUCUACAUGAUAAAUGCCAUUUGCUGAAGUGAGACGACCCCUUUAAAUUAAUUGUUUAAAUUAAUUGGCGCUAAAUUUUCAACCUAGUUAGUUUAGAAUAAUGUUCAAGGUGGAAAUUCACUUUAAGCUCUUACAUAGACACCGCAAGCCAAACAUGACAAAGUGUCCUCGGUUUCUAAAAGUGAUCUGGAACUGAGGCGGCCAAAGCUCCUCCGCCAGUAUUACGUGUUUCCAUUCGCAGUCCUGUCACUUGUACGUGUUUCCAGCCAUCGUAUCUUUUCUAGAUGUUAAGACAUUUCUGCUCACUCAAUAGCCUUUCCUCAGUCUCCAGAGAGCAGUCUGGUGGGAGAAAUCACCGUUAAGAUGCCAAAAUACACUCCAGAAGCUGUCCUACAAUCUCGAUUGAUUUGUUUGCCACAAUCUUGAGUGGGUUCUUAAUUGCCGUUUUGAUAAUCGGGAAGAGAUAGCGUUGGUACCAGCCGCUGUGUGUGCGCCAUCAACACUGUACUAAUCAUUCGGGUACAGAUUAAACUGUUACUGGG